GCCGCAGCUCUCUCCCCUCCACGCCGCGGCAGGAGCGUCUGUUGAGCUGCCGGAGACCGCGUCAUCUCCCUUUGUGCGCCCACCUGUGCUGGAGAACGGGCGCCCGGAUGGAACACAUCCACGCAUCUCGCGUGGAAUAACAUUGACUUCAUCCUCGUUGCGAAUAUUCCGUUGUUUAGAUCCUCCUCCUCAUCAUUGGCAACGUCGGGGCAUUUAAAGUUUGGAUGAUGCCCCAGCUCGGCAUCCGGGAUUGCAAAUAAACCGAUCAUCUCCCAGAAGUGGCCAAAAUAUGGACUAAUUAAAAAAAAAAAAAAAAAACUACAUUCACCAUGGGAUUGUUACAGCUUCUUCUGGUUGUCUGCUUUUCUAGCUCAGUGCAAGGUUUCGGGGUGGACCCAGCUCUGCACAUCAGUGUGUUUGAUGAACUACUAAUGCCUGGACAUGGAUUUGAUGGAGUUACUCAGGUCCAAGGCUUCCACAGGGAGUCCAGAGCGUUCCACUUCCAAGGCUCCUCCAGGGAAGUAAAAGCGUCGGACGAGGUCUCGGAGCAAAUUGUCCAGAAGCUGAGAGGCAAGAAAGAGUUCACUGUGCUGGUGACCCUCAAACAAGAGCGCCUCAACUCGGGGGUCAUCCUCUCCAUCCAUCAGUCGGAGAACAGGUACCUGGAGCUGGAGAGCAGCGGGCAGCGUAGCGAGGUGCGUCUUCACUACCGGACCAAAGGCCAGCAGCCCCAUACUGAGGUGUUCCCCUACAGCCUGGCUGACGACCAGUGGCACAAAGUGUCAGUCGCCGUCAGCGCCUCUCACGUCAUCCUGCACGUGGACUGCAACAGGAUCUAUGAGCGGGUGGUGGAAGCUCCCUUCAUGGACAUACCCAAGGACGCCUCCUUCUGGCUUGGACAGAGGAACACUGCUCAUGGGUUUUUCAAGGGGGUGAUGCAGGACGUGGAAAUUGUGGUGAUGCCGCAAGGAUACGUCUCCCAGUGUCCAGAUCUCAACAGAACAUGCCCGACUUGCAACGAUUUCCACGGACUGGUGCAGAAAAUCAUGGAGCUGCAAGACAUCCUUGCUAAAACCUCCAGUAAGCUGUCCAGGGCGGAGGAGAAGAUGAAUGGGCUGGACGGCUGCUACUGUGAGAGGACCUGCAGCGUCAACGGGGUGGUCUACCGAGAGGACGAGGGUUGGACAGAUGGUUGCAGGAACUGCACGUGCACGGUGGGUCUUCACACCUUGUGUUAA